CAUCAGGGAAACUGGCUCAAAGAGCUGCUAUGAAGUGCCCUGGACCUACAGAGAGCUCACGACUUGCCUUCUUCCUGGAAAAUGCCUUAGCCAGAGAAGCUAGGAUUUGGAAAGUGCCAGUUUUCCAGAACUUCACCCUGAAGGGCACAGAUAUCUCUCUGUCGUGUUACAAGAAAGCAGUUCUCUGGAUUGCAGAAAUAAGCUCCAAGUUCCAGUUUUACCCUGAAACUUUUGCCUUAGCAACCAGCAUCUUCAACCAGCUAUUGGCAUCCGUAAAGGCCCAAUUAAAAUAUCUGCCGUGCAUUGCAAUUUCCUGCCUUGUCCUUGCAGCAAAAACCAAUGAAGAAAAUGAGGUAAUCCCAUCAGUGCAGACGCUCGCGGUGCAGAGCAGCUGUAAAUGCUCUCCAGCUGAGAUCUUGAGAAUGGAAAGAAUUAUACUGGAUAAGCUUCAGUGGGAUCUUUACACAGCAACACCAAUGGAUUUCUUAAACAUU